UUUCUCGUUUCCUCAUUUCAGCUGGAACACGAGUGCUGGUCUCAGACAAUGUUUGGUCCUGAUCGGAGGAACAGAGGCAAGGAGUCCGGCGCAGGGUUACAGUAUGGGAUGAUGAGGACGCUCCUCUGCUGACCUCAGUGCAGAUGACUAGUGAUGGCCACAGCAUCACCUCAACAAUUGUUGGAUGACGUGAUAAACACAGAACAACAGCAGCACCCGCAGGAGGAGGAGGAGGUCCUAAGCUCACUGGAGGCUACACUUCUUACCAUCUUUCUCUCCAUCAUUAUUAUCAUGACAGUAUUUGGAAACCUACUGGUCAUGGUCGCUCUCUGCAAGGACAGACAUUUACGGAAGACAAAGACCAACUACUUCAUUGUGUCCCUGGCAUUUGCUGACCUGCUUGUUGCACUGGUUGUGAUGCCACUCGCUGCAAUUGAGUUAACCACCGGCCGGUGGCAAUACGGAAAGAUUUUCUGCCUGGUCCGGACGUCUCUGGACGUCCUGUUAACUACAGCAUCCAUCCUCCACCUCUGCUGCAUUGCACUGGACAGGUAUUAUGCUAUCUGCUGCCAGCCACUAGUCUACAGACACAAGAUGACCCCGGUGAGAGUGGCUGUGAUGCUCAGUGGCUGCUGGCUCAUCCCAACAUUCAUCUCCUUCUUACCCAUCAUGCAAAGCUGGAAUGCUAUUGGCAUCGAGGACAUUAUUGAGGAGAGGCGAGUUUUGAGAGGCGGCCCCAAUGACACAAGCUGUGUAUUUCUGGUCAACUGGCCUUACGCACUCAUCUGUUCUGCGGUGGCUUUCUAUAUCCCAUUGGCCCUCAUGGUCCUGGCCUAUCAGCGUAUCUAUGUUACUGCCAUGACCCAUGUGAGGCAAAUUGAGAUGCUACAACGUGCUGGCUCAGCUCCCGUUACCGGGACAAUUCCGGUCAUCACUGUGAGCCCAUCCACUUCCACAGAUCCAGUGGAGUAUUACUGCCUCAGAACAACAACAGGUUCCUCCUCCUCAGAGCAGUCUCCUGUAUCAAACAGCCACAUGCGUGUUGAGACAAAAGCAGCAAAGACACUGGCAGUUAUAAUGGGUUGUUUCUGCUUAUGUUGGGCACCAUUCUUCAUCACCAACGUGGUGGACCCCUUUAUUCACUAUACAGUGCCCUGGCAGCUGUGGACCGCCUGGCUAUGGCUUGGCUACAUUAACUCAGGGUUGAACCCCUUUUUGUAUGCCUUCUUGAACCGGGCAUUUCGGAGGGCCUUUCUGGUGAUCCUCUGCUGUGGAGAUGAGCGGUACACACGGCAGGGGAGCUGCUCCUAUGGACACACCCAAGGAGCGUGCUCAGCAGCGUCGGUCAAUGGGACAUCUAUGGCACGGAGAUUGUCCUUACUGCCAAACCGGAGCUACAGUGACAACGGACGAAUGGUACUGGCAAAUGAGCACGAGUCCCAGGACUCUCUUAGACCACCACGAAGCUGACUUUUGGCAACAUCAGCUGAUGUGGAGCACCUUUGAGAUUUUGGCCUUUAUGAUUUCAACAGCCUGCUCUGGCCUGACAAUCAUUGGUAAUGAAGUGCACAAAGUCACAUCUGACUCUUGGGGUGCAUUUAGUGGACUUGGUACGUGGACACCAAGUGUGUUUCCGUGAACUGAAAUGCAUUGCGGAUGUUUUCCCAAGUCUGUUAUCAUUCUAAAAUCUGAGAAAGAAAUGUUGUUCUCCAUCCAAGAUCGAGUCAGUGGUCCAAGAACAACAGCAAACUAUAGUACAAGCCAAACACUAGCUUACAAGAUAGGAGGAGCAAGAGGCCUCCUCUGCUGUUUGACUUCAAUGAUGACAUUCCAUCAUUCCAUCAACUGCCAACCUUUGUUGUCAAAGGAAAAACAAGGUAUAACAGAGUUAAAAGGUAUUGUAUUGUAUCCUUACCUUUUUACCAGAAUGGAUUAUGUUUAAUAAAACUUUGCACCUGCUGGAUGCAACAUUGAAAGUGAACACUUUUUCUGUAUCCAUC